AUGGAACAUGACUCAUUCCAAGCACUGCAGGAUUGUGGACGACCUUGGUAUGAGGGUCAAGAUGUCAGUUCAACAGAGGGAGGCAUCCGGGGCUUGGCAGAACCCAAUGUGAGGACUGCAUACAAGACCCGCAGCCACCUCCGCUCAGAAACUGAGCGCCGCGUGAGUGCCCACCCCUGCUGGUUGCCCCGGGUGACCUCAGGGCAGGGGUCACCGGAAGUCACGCCCCCUGACUUCCGCCUGCGGAAAGGGAGGCUGCGAGCGCUUCGAUCUGAGGUGCGGACUCCAGUUAGCAGCCGGAGGAGCCCCAGGUGCCGUUCGGUGGUGAAUCUCAUUGCCCAUCCUCCUGUCUACCUACUGCCAUCCACAAGAGUCGUCAUGCCUCGGCAUCAGAAGCGUCUGCACCACUCACGUGGUAAACACCGCAAGACCUUCUAUAAGUCCUACGGUUGGGAGGUUGCACGGGUCUCCAGGACACUGAAGGAGACCAACACACCCUCCCAAUUUCUAAUGCCUGGUGAUUUUCCUGGUACUCCUGAGAGUUAUCAGAGUUUCUACUCAUCUGUUGCCACCACUGCCACCUUUUUGAUUCAGUCAGAUGAGUUUUCCACUAGCCAAAAUGUAGAUUAUAGUCUAAACACCUCACAGGUUAUGUCAUACCCCGUGAGUAUGCCCAUAGAUCCUCUAAAUGAAGAAGUGGCUUUGUUGGUGAAUUUCUUGCUGCUCAAGUAUCAAAUGAAACAGCCAGUAACAAAAGCUGAUAUGAUGAAUGUUGCCAUCUACAAGUGUGAAGUCCAUUUCCCUGAGAUCCUCCGGAGAGCCUCUGAGUGCAUGGGAAUGCUCUUUGGCCUUGAUCUGAAGGAAGUGGAUCCCUUCAACCACUGCUAUGUCCUUUUCAUUAAAUUGGGCCUCACCUAUGAUGGCAUGAUGCAUGGUGAAGCAGGUGUGCCCAAGACCGGCAUCCUGAUACUUAUCCUGGGUGUGAUCUUCAUGAAGGGCAACUGUGCCACCGAAGAUGAAGUCUGGGAGGUUCUGAAUGUGACCAGGAUGUGUUCUAGAAGGAAGUACUACUUCUUUGGGGAGCUCAAGCAACUCAUCACCGAAGAUUUCGUGAGGGAAGGAUACCUAGAGUUCCGGCAGGUGGCCAGCGAAGGUCCUGUGCAGUCUGUGUUCCUGUGGGGCCCUAGAGCUCAUGCUGAAACCACCAAGAUGAAGAUUCUGGAGUUUCUGGCCAAGGUUAAUGGGACUGACCCAGGUUAUUUCCCAUUUAAGUAUGAGGAGGCUUUGCAAGAUGAAAACGCAAAAGCUCAGGCCAGAAUUUCAGCCAAUUGUGUCUGCUACUGCAAGUUCUUGUAUUGA